AUGUCUGCCUCACUACUCCGACCGCGCUUGGCCGCCACAGGCCUCCGAGCUGCUCCCCGAUCGACGAUAUGCCCGCAUUCGCAAAAAUCCAUCCCCCGGCGCCACAAUUCAAGCUCGACAAGCAGCGCCAGCAGCUCCGGCAGCGGACUCAAGGUCGCGGCUUAUAGCGGAGCGCUCGCAGCAGCCCUUUACGCCUCGUACCUCUAUGCGACCGACACGCGAGCAUUUGUCCACCGAUAUGUCGUCCCGCCGGUGCUUCGGACCGUCGUCCCCGACGCUGAAGAUGCGCACCACGUGGGUGUCAAUGCGCUGAAGUUCCUGUAUGAAGUGGGCUUGAAUCCUCGAGAGCGCGACUCUGCGAGCGACUCCAACCUCGCAACCUCCGUUUUUGAGCACCAAUUGGCAAACCCCAUCGGCAUCUCUGCAGGUCUUGACAAGGAUGGCGAAAUCCCCGAUGCGCUGUUUGCACUGGGAGCUGGCGUCGUUGAAAUCGGAGGCUGCACGCCGCUGCCUCAGGAGGGAAACCCUAAGCCGCGAGUCUUCCGAGUGCCCAUCCUGGACGGAAUGAUCAACCGAUACGGCCUCAACUCGAGGGGAGCAGACGACAUGUCGAUCCGCCUGCGGGACCGACUGCGACGAUUCGCGCGCUCAAUAGGAGUCAGCGAGGAGGAAAUCAUCAGUGGUGAAGCCGGUGUUCCUGUGGGAAGCUUGAAGCCUGGACGCCUACUUGCGGUGCAAAUCGCCAAGAACAAGGAGACGAAUGAAAAGGACGAGCAAGCCAUUGCUUCAGACUACGUCUACUGCACAAAGCGGCUGGCUCGCUAUGCCGAUGUCCUGGUCGUCAACGUCAGCAGCCCCAAUACCCCCGGCCUUCGAGACCUGCAAGCAGCGGAGCCUCUAUCACGACUCCUCUCAGCGGUUGUCGAUGCAGCCUCUCAAACCGAUAGAAAGACCCGCCCCAAAGUGAUGGUCAAGGUUUCUCCCGACGAAGACGAGGACUCCCAGAUGGAAGGCAUCGUCCAGGCUGUGCAGAAGAGUGGCGUUGACGGCAUCAUUGUCGGAAACACCACCAAGAGACGAACCGGCCUAAACCCCAAGGGAGCCCGACUCUCUGUCAGAGAACAAAAGGCUCUGAUGGAGGUAGGUGGCUUCUCCGGCCCAGCCAUGUUUGAGCGAACCUUGGAUCUUGUUGGGCGAUACCGCAAGCUGCUUGACUCGCAACCGGGCGGUGGUAAGGGAGAGCAAAAGGUCCUUUUCGCGACUGGAGGUAUCACAAAUGGAGAACAGGCGCUCAAGGUGUUGAAUGCCGGCGCAAGCGUUGCGAUGGUGUACACGGGACUGGUUUACGGAGGCGUUGGAACUGUUACAAGGAUGAAGCGGGAGAUGCGUGAGGCUCUAUAG